UGAUCAACUGAUGGACCAACAGACGCUCACUUGCUUUCUGUUUCAUUGCUCUUUAUCCUGUCUUUUCCGGACAGGAUCUCCCUUGUUUUGUGGACUUUCUUUGUGUUUUUUACUUUGAGCCAUCUGCAAGCCCAUUGAGUCCUAAAAAACGUACUUCUAGUCAACCUCUUGGAUCAUCUGUUCUCUCCUGCUGGGAUUUUUUUUCAGAUUUUUCUCUCUCUAUUUUCCUAAUCUAACUGCCUCUCCCGUUUGCUUAUCAACCUUUCCUCUGCUGUGAUUUUCCUUUUCCUCCUAUCCCCGACGUUUCUUGUCUACCCGUGCGUGGUGUUUGGGCCAUGCUCUCCUCACCCACUGUGAUUCUCCAGCCUUAUGGACUCCCUGUCUACCCACAGACAACCACAUGCUACCCAAGCAUAGUUCAGGGAGGCCCCACACAGGAGGCCGGCCCCGGCAGCGGUGACCCCACCCUGCAACAGGUCUACGCACCUCCCCCUUCCUACCCUCCUCCAGGUCAAGGCCCGCCAACAUCUGCAGGCAGACUGCCACCUCUUGACUUUAGCUCUGUACAUGCCGGUUCAGAGUAUCCUGAACAUCCUCAGCUCAGAAUCUAUCAGGGCCCUCAGCACGACGGGGCAGAGGCUCUAACAUCCAGUAACACGGAGGAUGCUUUGGCCACUGUGACCUCUGACCCCCAGUCUUUGAGCAUAUCGGUGUCAUCAGGGGGCGGAGCAGGAAGUGGAAGUGAUGAGGAGGGGUCAGGUAAAGCCCAGCCAAAACGCCUCCACGUCUCCAACAUCCCCUUUCGCUUCAGAGACCCAGACCUCCGCCAGAUGUUUGGGCAAUUUGGAAAAAUCCUUGAUGUGGAAAUAAUUUUCAAUGAGAGGGGUUCAAAGGGUUUCGGGUUUGUCACCUUCGAAAGUGCUGCUGAGGCUGACCGGGCAAGGGAAAAGCUGAAUGGGACAAUUGUGGAGGGUAGAAAGAUUGAGGUUAACAAUGCAACAGCAAGAGUAGUUACCAAGAAGCCCCAGACGCCCCUUGUGAAUGGAGAACUUUCAACUUCUGGGUGGAAGAUCAACCCAAUGAUGGGGGCAAUGUACGCACCAGAACUCUAUACAGUUGCCAGUUUCCCUUAUCCUGUAGCGACUCCCACCUUGGCCUACCGGGGCUCUGCUCUGCGCGGUCGAGGCCGAGCUGUCUAUAACACGAUCCGCUCUGCUGCAGCAACACCUGCCGCUGUACCUGCCUACCCCGGGGUUGUAUAUCAGGAUGGGCUCUAUGGAGCAGAAGUCUAUGGAGGCUACCCUGCAGCUUACAGAGUAGCUCAAUCAGCAUCUGCUGCCACAGCAACUUACAGCGAUGGCUAUGGCCGGGUCUACGCCACAACUGCUGAUCCCUAUCACCACUCAGUCGGACCAACAACAACAUAUGGAGUUGGUACGAUGGCCAGUUUGUACAGAGGAGGAUAUAACCGCUUCACCCCGUACUGAGACUACCGGCAGGGGCAGGGAUGACAUCCCUCAUGAACUCUGGGAAUGGCUUAUCCAUGGACACUGCAGGACAGAUGAUAAGAUCCUUAAAGUUUGUAAAUGUGGGGAUGGAUUCACCCCUUGUCUCCAUCGCAACCUCUCCUAGAGAGACUAAACGGACUGAAGUUGUAAAUACUGUAGGACUUAUUGUAAUGAUCAAUACUUAUUUGGAGGAAGAUGUCAUAUAAGACAAGAAAACCCUUUAAGGGAUUAUUGUUUUCUGUAUUUAAAGAUGUUCGCUCACACUUCAGGAGGGCCAGAUGGUGGUGAAUACUGUGAGAAUUAUUUUUUGCGAGUACAAUCUACUAUCACGGGUCAAAUUGUACAAAAAAACAUUUGUGCAACAGUUAAUGACAUAUUUUUGAUGAUAGCUAUUUACUAAAUCUGUGUUUGAGUCUGUGUGUGUGUGUGUGUGUGUGUGUGCGUGUGUGUGUGUGUGUGCGUGUGUGUGUGUGUGUGUGUGUGUGAGGCAAGUCGUGUAUCAACACUGUUAAGUUAUCAACUGAGAGACAGCUGUGACUAUGGUUUCAUUAUUACAAACACAGGACUAAUGUUUGUUUGGACUUAGUUGGAAUUUUGUUUGUUUUUUAGCCUUUCUAACAAUCUACCUCUCAUACAUUUCUAGCUUUAAAUCCAGCAGCCUUUAUUAAUCCCAUAUCUCUAUCCUUCAUUUUUUCAAUCUGCCGAGCUUUCUUCUAGCUUCACCUUUCUGUUCUUUGUUAAUCCUCACUUAUAUACAGUAUAUUGUAGCUUCUGUUCCUAUGGCUAUCUUUUGUACCUCACCUCCAAUGAUUUUUUUAUUUUUUCUAAACUGCUUUAAUCCCGUUUUAAAUCCAAACUUUGGACUUGGCAUUGAAAAUCUGUCUUUAUUUGGUCUAACUAACAAACUGAGGACUGAUGGCCUUGCUCAAAGACAGCUUCUUCUUAAUAUGUAUGCUGCAGAUAUUAAAAACUGUCUCCAAGUUGUUUUUUUCUUUCUCAGCUUUAUUCUUCACUCCUGUGCCUUAUUUCACUCUUUGCUUGUGUUCUCUCUCAGAGCUGCUGAAUGCCUCCUCAACUUUUAUUGAUCAUUUUCUUCUCGGCCUUUUUCGUAGUUUCUGUUUCACUCGUUUCUGGUGUGUUUGAUGUUUACCUCUAAAUAAAUCCUUUUUUUCCUCUUC